AAAAAAAAAAAAAAAAGAGGGUCCACACUUCGGGGCUUUACAUCUCGUCCUCUUUCAUAUUCAUUCAUUCAUUCUUUCUUCGGAAGUUUUCCCCGUAAGCCGUUACUUCUCUAGCAUCACCCUAUCCUACGCCUUAAAACAUCACACACCAUGCACACAUCACACACCAGAACAGUAACACGGGCAAAUGCACCUAAUAGUGUAGUCGGCAAAACCACCUCCACUACUUCCACAAAGAACGCGUUUGCAAGUAUAAGUGUAGGUGAGAGCAGGGCUCACGACAAGCACAACACUGUGGUGAAUGUCCACUCUAAAGAUCUGAGCAGGAGGAAUAGUGUAAAUGAAACUGGCCGGCAUCAACGCCAACGUGGUCCACAGGCACUGUUACCUUCUUCUGAGACCUAUCUCAAACACUACAACACUAAAUCUCAGACAACCAAGAACGACCAUCGUCCCCUCCCUCAACUAUCGUCUCUUGAUCGUACCAGCACAGCCAAUAGUAAUAUUCCUCAACCUAGUCGACUUCUCAACCGCAGCAACAGCUGUAGUCUUCGCCCACCCUCCACUGGUUCUAAAAGUAUUCCUUCAACUUCUCUUUCCACAGCAACCGUGACAACUACGCCAACACUUGUCGCAACUGGAGGUAAAAUCCGGCCACCGCUCAUCAAAAUUGAAUCUCAAGAGCUUUUACCAACUCGCCGACCUCCACUCAACUAUCGUCGCUCCUCCUCUUCCAGCUCCAUCCACACCCAAAACUCAUCGGGCAGUGGCAAUAAUCGAUCUACUCGCAAUCCAGAGAGCAGACCCACAUCACCAAGGCCAGCAAUACCAUCAAGACCAACAACACCCUCAAAACUAACAACGAUACCAAAACCACCUACUCCCUCUACAACUCCUACUCCCCCCGCAACUCCCGCAACCCCCACCUCACCACUCUCGACUACCAAGGUAGCACCAAAAUCAAUUUUGAAAAAGACGCGGCCAGUAGUUUGGUCACCAUCAGCAGCAUCUCGACAUCACAACGAUCCUGGACUGAGGGUGCAACUGCACGUUUUGGAGCGACAGAAGCAAUUGUUGCAAAUGCAAAUUCAAUCACAGAUGAAGCAAAUAUACCAUCAUCAAGAACAAGCACGACUUCAUCCACGACAGCAACAACAACAGCAGCAAUUGCAGCAGCAUCUACAGCAAAAUCUUCAGCAAAACCGCGUCCUCCGACAGAACAGUCAAAGCUCAUCGCAACUAUCACAUCGGCCCUCAUUAAAAAUCCAAAUGCCCACUCGGGCCCCAUCAAGAGCUGCACGGCCAUUACCAACCCCUCCUCCAACAAAGAAUGUGAGUUGGGCAACUCAUAAUGAGGUUAUUGAGAUUGAAAAUAUCGAUGAUUUGAUUGAGAUGGGUUACUAUGAUGACUAUGACUGUGAGUUGGGAUGGGAUUAUAGAGAUGAAAGUCUUGACGAAGAAAAUGGUUACCAUCCAUUCUCUGAUGGUUCCUCAGAAGAGGAACAGGCAGAGAGAGAAGAAGUGAAUGAGGAUGAGAACGAGAGUAAUAAUAAUGGUGAAGCUGAGGUCGAGAAGCAGAGAGCAGAGAUGGUAGAGUCCUAUGCACCUCGAGUCCGACAACCCAUCAACUACGAUGAUCUGAUCCGCUCUCCUCUGCCCCAAGCUCAACAGCUAGAGUUCCAGCAACAUGCCACACCCCCUCCACUUCCACGUCUAACACCAGCCUCACAAGCACAACGACAACAGCAAGCCUACGCAGAUGAUGAAUCUGAGGCAGGGUCUGUUGCAAGCACUGCCAUGGACGAUGAAAGCGUAGUUGCUGAGGAUGACUUGAUCCAGCGCUUCCAGAUGGACGCUCUGUUCUCAGGUAUUGCUACGCCUGACCUUGUGGAGCGACUCCAAUUAUUGACCCAUUCAGAUGAAGCUAGCAAGGACAAGGGUCUCAGCCGCCAUUCGAGCAACACUAGUACUGGUAGCAGCGCCAGCAAUACCAGUAGCGUUGGCCGUGGUAGCAUCAGCAGCGUCAGUAGCCGAAGCAGCUAUAGUAGUAUGGGUAGCAUCAACUCUUCCAUCACUUCUGGUUCCAGUCGUCGUUCCGAGCGCCCGCUUCCACCUCUGCCAAUUCAAGCAUUGUUCAAGCCACCAUCGCCAACACCACCUGCCCCCUCUUCACGAGUUUCAAGACGGCCCUCAAUCAGUUUGGUGCCGAUCAAGGAGCCCGUACCCCAACCAAGGCUCAAGUCUCCUCCUCCUCCUCCUCUAGCUGUAAAUGACAUGUGGUCUCAGAUGUUGGAGCGACCACUCCACCAACGACAGUCAUUGAGCAGUAUUGCAUCAUUCCUGUCCUCAGGUCCAGAUUCGCCAGCACCUUCGGAGAGAUCAGAUAAGUCAAGAUUGGACUCUCCAGUGCCUGAAAAGCUCAGCUCAAGCAUGUCUGCGCUAGAGAAGUCUCGGACGAAUUCCCCAGCUCCUUCCACUUCUUCGGAGAAGUCCAAGAAGUCCUAUUCACUGCUAUCGGAGGCAAAAGGAUGGGCUCGACUGAAGCAACACUUGGUGUCGCCAAAGUUGGAUCGAAAAGAGACUCAGACAGAAGCUACAGAGCGCAAGCGUGGUCUCGGUGUCUUUUCUCGACGCUCUCGCCUUCAGCCUGAUAGUGCUAAUACCAGCAUGACUAGCGAGUCUUCCAGAACGACUGGUGAGGAUGCUGCAUUGUCCUCAGAAAGAAACGGGCCCAGCCUUCGCAGGUCGAAUACGGCUACAACGGUCUCUUCUUAUGGGUCAUCCAAGUCAUCUUCAUCAACAGUCUCAGCAGCAAAAUCGUCCUCAGGGACGGAUACAUGGCCCCGACACGGUCGACGCUGUGCUGCAGAUAGUGAACAAUCCUCUUCGCCUUUGCGGAAGGAGACGACGAGUGCCACCUUUGCUGUAUGAUCAACUAACUUGUACAUUAGAACCAAACAAUUAAACGAUUAAUAAAUAAUUGCACUGUAUAAC